AUGGAUCCUCUGACGUCUCGCGAACUCACCUCAGUUCUUCGCUCUAUGGGAGUCGAUCUCCCGAGGCAUGUCACUUUCCCAAAAAGCACGCUCAAGAAACGUCUGCGCUUCGCGCUCAACGCCGCACAGUACCGCUUCCGCCUCCCGCCCUCGCUCGACCUGACGAAACCCGUCGAAUGGCCGAAACCGUCGUGGAACCUUGCCAUCUAUUCCCGCGUGGACUACUUCUACAUCCCUCCCGAGAACGGCGACCCUAUGCCUGUGUUCUCCCACAUCCCUAAGGAAGACCGCACCGAGCAAUCGCUCGUGCCCAUCGUCGAGCGUGGCCCGGCUGAAGAGUCCAAGCGGCUGUACGAAAGCAGCCUCGCCCGGAUGCCGCACUUCCAGCGCGAGCCCGUCGCGAGCCCGUUCUCCAACAUCCGCAUGGUCGUCACCGAGCUCGCGAAGAUGACGGACUGCGGGUCGUCCUGGCUCGUGCUCGACGCGAGCGACAAGCGCGGACACUUCAUCAACGUGCGGCGACGCCCGCCAGUGGGCGCUGGGCCGGUCGACCCGCACCGGCCGACCCCGGAGGUGAACCGGUUCGUGAUGCCGCUGCUCGCGGUGAAGGCGAGCCUCAAGCUGCUCCGCAUGAACGAAGGGCUCGUGCCGCCCGACUUCCCGGCGCAGCGCGGGCCCCUGGAGGACGGCUACGCGCUCUCCGUGCUCUUCCCGGUCGGGCCCUUGCAGGACGACUCGCGCUGGCGGCUCGAGGUGCUGCUGUUCUGCGAGGUGUGCCGGGGCACGGACGUGAAGGAGUGCACGCGGUGCUUCUCCGUGGCGUACUGCAGCACAGAGUGUCAACGUGCGCACUGGGCGACACAUCGCGACGGCUGCGUUCCUCGCGCUGGGGGGACGUGGUGCACCCUGCAGGCGGCCAACGACUACCUGUGGUCCAAGCCCGAGCUGUUCGGGCUCAAGCCCGACUACAUCGGCACGACGCAAAUCCACGAGCGGAGCCCGCAAAACGACCCAACGCUCACCGCUCAAGACGUUCUCGCCGCCCGUCAGACGGACCCGCUGCGCAACGUCUGGGGCGACAAGCCGUUCGUGGUGAAGAUCGCGCUCCCGGACGCCGCGGCGCGCCCGCCUCAGCAGGUGUUCGUGUCCGACCGCCGGAGCUCGUUCACCUUCUACUUCGCGUCCUCGAUGGACGCGCCGGCGUUCGCGACGCUCAUCUCCGAGAUGAGCGGGCCGCGUGGGGGGUUCGGGGGCAAGAGGAUGUAUCGAUGGGCGCGCAGGAUCGGAGACUGGACUUACAGCGUCUGCGUGGAUCGGAUGCCAGCGCCGGAGAUGAUCGGCUGUGGACGCGCCAUUGAGGCUGGUCAACGCCAUAAUUUUGUGCCCACGUGA